GCUCACGGCUGCCCGGCCGGCAGCUGCCGUGCGUGGGGGCGGCCGCUCGCCGCCGCAGUCCCGCCGCCGCCGCCGGAGCCGCUGGUCCCGGCCCCCCGCCCGCGCCCUCGCCCGCAAUAUGCCUCCGCUGCCCUCGGGCUGCUCGACAUGCCGGGGACCUGCGGGCGCCUCUCCUCCCUGCUCCUGGGGCUGGCGGCCGCGUUGCUGAUGGGGCGGCCGCCUCCCGCCGCCGCAGCCGCCGCCACCCUCCCGCAGCAGCAGCGGGCGGCGCUGCCGGGGGGCGCCCCCGCCGCCGCGGCGGCCUCAGGGAGGGAACAAGGCCCAGCUAACUGGCAUACUUUCCCUUGUCAGAAAGACUCUUGUGUUGGCACAAAAGGAUCUGUUUUUACACUAAAAGUUCAAGUAAAUGACAUCAUCAGCCAUCAGUACCUGCAACAGGCAGUUGUAGAAGUGUUUGUUAACUACACGAAGACAAAUUCUACCCUUACUGGAAACAAUGGAGCAGUAUUAAUAAAAGUUCCUUACAAAUUAGGAUUAAGUUUAACUAUCAUAUCGUACAAGGAUGGUUACAUGUUAACACCUUUGCCUUGGAAGACUGGGAGAAUGCCAAUAUACUCAUCUGUGACGCUUUCGUUAUUCCCACAAAGUCAAGCUAAUAUAUGGUUGUUUGAAGAUACAGUCUUAAUUACUGGAAAGCUGUCUGAUGCCAAAUCUCAACCAAGUGUUCAGUUUCCAAAAUCUUUAAUAAAGCUUCCACCAAACCACAACAUUACAAAUGUUACAGCCUAUCUGACAGUACCAGAGCAAUUUUUGAAAGUGGACAGCUUUCUCUAUACAGCAGGAAUUCUUCUCAAUAAAUCAGGUUUCAAAAGCAUGGAAUUGGCUCCUCUUGCUGCAAUAUGUGUAAACGUUCUUUUGACUGGGAAAGAACUGAAAGUAAAUGGUCCCAUUCAGAUUACGCUUCCUCUUCCCACAAGUACUGUAAAAUCAGGAGAUGCUAUACCUGCAUGGACAUUUGAUAUGAAAACAGGUGCUUGGGUAAGCCGUGGGCUAGGAAUGGUAAAGGAAGCAGAUGGUCAAUUAGUAUGGACAUACACUGCUCAACACUUAGGCUACUGGAUAGCAGCUCCACUGCCUGGAACAAGAGAAUCCAUUAUUAGUGCGGUUUCCAAGGACAUAACAGCCUAUCAUACAGUGUUCCUUACAGCCAUACUGGGAGGUACUGUUGUCAUUAUCAUUGGAUUUUUUGCUGUUCUUCUUUGUUACUGCAGGGAUAAAUGUGGUCGGACACAAAAGAAGGAGAAGAAUACAACUAAGCUGGAGGUCAUAAAAAAAGACCAGACAACAUCAACAACUCACAUAAAUCACAUCAAUGCUGUCAAAGAAUCUUUCAAGUUGAAGGAGAAGUCACAGUUAUAUACACCGAAGACUUCUUCAUACAGCCCUCAAAGAAGGAUGUCCAUAGACACAGAAGAUGGAAAAUCACGAGACAAUUUUAAAAUCUACACAGAGGAUGCUCCUUAUCAGUCAUCCUGUCAGACUGGUCAGCCAAGAAAUUCAGCCCAUUCGUUGGAGCCCAGUGCUGGAGUUAGGCAUUUACAGCAGCCGAUGCAUAGUAACACUGCUAUUUCCCAGGCUCCUAGGGACAUCCAAGACCAAAAUAGAUACCUUUCACUGAAAGAGGAGAUGUAUGGGCUUUCCCAUAUCCCAGAACAUCUAAUGCAUAUUUACAAUCAACCUAUUGCUAUUCUUCAAACCUCUGACCUUUUCCACUCCCCAGAACAAUUACAUCCUGCUAAAUCAGCAACUCUGCCAAGAAAAGGGCAGUUAGUAUAUAAUCCCAUGAUGGAACCCAUGAAUCGUGAUGGUUACAUGCAAACAUUACCGAAAAUGCCAGUGCACUGUCAUCCGCAGCCUUCUGUCUGCAGAGAUGAAAACAGUACCUUAGAUAGUGAAGAGGGCUUACCUUCUCAAACGUCAAACUGGGGCCGGUACACUAAUAGCUUACUGGAAUCUGUCUCCGUUCCUGGGACAUUGAAUGAAGCAGUUGUAAUGACUCCAUUUUCAUCUGAACUUCAAGGUAUUUCAGAACAAACAUUAUUGGAACUCUCUAAAGGAAAACCAUCUCCGCAUCCUCGAGCAUGGUUUGUGUCCCUGGAUGGAAAGCCAAUCGCUCAAGUGAGGCAUUCUUUCAUAGAUCUGAAGAAGGGCAGAAAAACAGAGAGCAAUGAUACCAGUCUGGACUCUGGUGUGGACAUGAAUGAGCAUCAUCCUAGUAGGAAACUGGAGAGAGAGAAAACUUUCAUUAAAAAUAUGCUGCAUUCUAAGAUCCUUUACUUGGAAGAUCUGGAUCUGAGUAGCAGUGAAAGCGGGACCACUGUUUGCACUCCAGAGGACCAGGCUGUGAGGCACAUUAUGGAUGGAGGGAAUGGGCCAGUCAUAGAACAGCGCGAUGAAGAAGGUCUAAGAAGAAAAACUAUUUCGGGAGGUCAUGAACCGGCUGUCUCUUCUGCUAAAAAAAGAGAUAGACUGUCUAUCACCAAAAGAGAUAGCAAAACCAAUAUCUGGAAGAAAAGAGAGGAGAGGCCACUUAUUCCUAUAAAUUAAAAGUGUUCUUCGUGGUGUUGCUCUCCCUGCUGGUUAUUGACCUCUUGGCUGCUUCUGUAAUUCUGCAGUGUUGGGUUUACAAGGGAAAUGUUGUUUUCUAGUAUCAAGAAAAGUUACGUUUUUUUUAAAUACAGAUUGAGUUACUAAACUUCAACUGGGCAAUUUAUAUUCAAUGUGAAUUGAAAACAGGGAAAUGCUAUUAUUAAGAUUUUCCAGUUUCUAAUUUUGCUGGCAAUAUAGGGAAGGCCCACAUUUUAAUUAGACUGUCAUUCUUGGACGCACCUCUGGGAAUGCACGGUGAGAAAUGUAGGCACAUAUUUUAAUUUUUUUCAUACAUGUUAAUGUGUUGAUAGACUAGUUAAAGCCAUUCCUCAGCCUUGUUCCUAAUCGAUGUGACCAUCUGUACAGUGUUUUAUAUGUGAACUUUUCUAGGGAUCUGUUACUACUUCUUUGUAUAACGUAAAAUGUUUCGUCAGUCCCACAACACCAGCAGAUGAGCUCUGUGGGAUUUAUCAGCAGAGCUCUGUAGCGUUACUGCCCUCCCUGUGUGCCCAUCCAUGUGCAAAAGGUUGGCGUGUCAUAUAGCAGUGACAGAACAGAGAAGCGUACAAGCUCUGUGGCCGCUGCAGUUCGUCGUCCCUGCUGUCUUAAGAUGUUGCCCAUCUGCUUUGUUUUAAUCUGCUUUGUUAUGAACUGUGGACGCUGAAGACUGACACCUGCUAUCAAGUGUCCACAUCCAGUAGAAAAAGACUGGUUCUGGUAGCAGUCAAAGCUGCUGCUACUUGUAAUCGCCAUGUCUUGUUUUGGCUUCGUUGUCAGUUAAAAUCUUCUGUUCUGCAUGCUGUUGAGCCCGUAGUGCUCCACAAUGUAGUCCCGAGUACCUGCCUAUUUGUAAAUUAGAGUUUGGCCCAUAAUGAAAAAGUAUGCAAGUUUAGGCAAAUUAUACCUUUGAAAUAGUUUCAUUUAGCAAGAAAGUUCAGCACUGUUGGUUUUUAUUUUAUGUUUUAAAACAAAUGGAAGAUCAUCAGAGGUUUAUGUGCCUACAUUUUGCCAGCCUGAGCUGCUUUUGUCUAGGUUGUGGAUCACAGAGGGGGUUCAGCAGGCUUUAAAAGUUGGGGAGAUUUAUGAGCAUGAGCAAGCAGAUCACAAAAUUUGGUCUAUAAUGCAAUAUAACUACUACUUAUGACUCCUCUUAAAUUUACCAAAAGUCAUGAAUGCAUGAAAUGUAACUAAGAUAUGUAUAGAGGAAAGAAAAGGCCAUCGGAUUAUCCUUUAUUUUUAAUGUUCAUCUUGUCAAAGUGAUAGUUUCAACUUUGGCUAACAGAAAAGUAGAUGCAUCCCUAAAUGUGCUUCAUAUAGUAUAUAGAAUGUCUUUCCAUGGCUUUGAAGCUGUUUCCCUGAUGAAAUAAGCUACAGCAUUUUGGCUUUGGCAGUUUGAUUAUAAAUCAUCCUAAAAAAGCUUUAUAAAUAUUUCCCUUAGAGCUUGGUUAAGGUUCUGUACCAAGACCCAAACAUACACUGCCUGUAUCUGAUUUGUGGGGUGAGAUGCACUAAGUUGUCUGCCCUGUAGUACACUCGAGAGUUGGGAAAUUCCCUGUGCAGCUGGGCUUCUGUGAAUAUUUACUCAGGAAACCUUACUGUGAAGUAUCUCUGUUGCAUUGGGGUUGUCGGUUGUCUGGUCCACUUUCUAGAAGAAUAUGCAAAGUAACCAAAACGGUACUAGCAGUACGUCAGUCCAACUUCUGGUGUGCAGUUGCUUUGUGAACAAAAUAGGAUGUUCUUGUUGAGUUCACAAGCAUGAAAGUGCAAAAUAAGUUUUUUGAGAUAGGUGUGCAAAUAAGUCUACAAUUAAAUUGGCCAAAAGAACUAGUUUAAUUGUAUGAUUCAUCGACUUCAGGGGUGAAGAUGCCUUUGGUAGUCUUUUUAGGUAACUGUAAUUCAGUUUUCUUAUACCUAAUACAUUUCCACAAUACUUUUUUUCUAUAUGCAGUUGCACUGGAUUUUGUAGGUGACAAAAAUCUAGUCCCAAAUACUGAUAUUUUCAUCCUUUGCUUUGUUAUAUAAUUAGUAGGAAUCAAUUCCUAUAUUUUGUGUAGAUGCACAUUUCUUCUGAAAGCUGCUUUGACUUUUGAGGUUUAAUAUUGCCCUGCUCUUAGAGUUGCAUCAGUUUGAAUGGUUCCCUUUUCAAAAAGAAUAUUCUGUUCUGUUGAACAUAACAGAAAAUCCCUGACAAGCCAAUGGUUUUGAGGAGUUGAUAUUAAAUUGAUAUGUCUCUAUUUGUAAUUUUGUUCACCUACAGUAACUUAAAAUAUAUUGCAGAUUUUAACGUAUUUUUUUCAUUGUAUGUACCAAAAAGACCUAAUUCCUCAAACUUGCUUGUAUUGUUAAAAAACACAGACUACUGUAAAUGGCUUUAUUCAUAUGAGUUCAAAGGAAUGAAGUUUUGCGCUCCACUGUUCUUGUUGUGCACCAGAGUAGGUAUCUGGUCACCAAAGAAAAAAGAUUAGAAGUGUUGGAAAGAUCAGUUAGAACUUUGGAACUUCAAGGCAAUGGUGCCAAAAGGUGUAGUGAUGUAAUGCAGAUUCUUUUCUGUUCUGCUAGCUGAUCAAGGGCCAAGAGUGGAGCUGGGUUCCGUACCAUCCUUCUAGAGGAGCCUUUGGCUGUCUGGAUUAGUCACAAUUUUACCCUGCACCUAUGGUAGUGCAAAAUGGCCCCUUUAAAGGCUGUGCAUCCAGUUGAGCUUUUAGCCAGCAAAGCAGGUCGGAGUGCAACAGAUCUUCUUGCAAGAGUUUCUUUCUGCUGGGCUUCUCAGUACUAGGAGGAAAGAUAGAAAAAAGUUUUCUGAAAAACAGGCAUCUCGUCAUACGUAGGAUUGGUAUCUCUACUAGAUAGUAGCUUCUUCCUUUGCUUAAGGAGGAUGUGGACAUUUCUUGUAGUGGAGUAUUUAAGUUCUUUUCUGGAGUGUGCACGCUGCAGUUCUGGUAAUACCGUUUCCGGGACUGUCUUUGGCUGUUGCUUCUGUCCAUGCCAGUCAAGCAACAGCCGUCUUUGCUUGCUUUGUAGAUCCCAUACACCAACUUUUCUGUCUGUAACUUGCUAGCAUGCAUCACAUAAUGUCUUAUGCUGCUGGUUACACUUGAAAAGGCUUUUCUAAAGCAGAAUUUUAUACUGAAAAUAAAUACAUGACUUCUUUUCUGUGUCAGAAUAUGAGAAAAUUCCAUUUGAUUAACAGGAAAAUUAUACUACUGUUGGAAAAUAAAAGAACUCUGGUACCUUAUAAGCCUGAAAGCAAAACUGAUUUGAUGAUUAGGGAUAUUAUUUACCAACAUAGAGCUAGAGAUAAUGCAUAGAAAAUAAUCCAGUAUUGUAGGAAUGUUUAGUUGUCUGCUUUGGUUUUAUGCAGUAAUUUGUACCAAAGAGGAUGAAAUUAAUGGGCUUGAGUCUAAACUCUUGUCAUUAGUUAAAAAGUAAAACAGGUUAACAAUAUUACUGAUGUAAUAUUGUGCAAAUUAAAAGAAAGUAUAUUACAUUUGUUGUCUAGUACUGCAUAUUAGGAAAAUCUGGAGAUUAAUUAGCCUGCUGAAGUGCCUUUCUCUUUCAUCAGACUUAUUUUAUCAGUGGGACACCUAACUAUCUGAAAAGCACAUUAUGGCAUCUUUCUGUUAGCCAAAUAAACCUCAAUUCAUAGUUAGAAUUAGCUUUUAUAUUUUAAAAGGUGGAUCAAGUGUUUUUUAUGUUGGAAUACUGACUCCUGCAUGUUGAUGAUGAUGGUAAUUGUUGUAAACCCUGUUUUUUGUAUUUUAUGUUUAAAAAGAAAUUAAAAAAAUAUAUCUUUA